AUGUCUGAGGAAAAGGAACGAUUGGAAAAGGCCAAGAAUGUUCGCCGUGCCGCUAAAGGAAAGUUAACUCGAGUUAUUAGGACUGCAAAGGUUUUAAUUGAAGCUGAACGGCCAGUUCAGGAAAUUGAGGAUAUUUUAAAGGAAAUAAAGGAUUCAUAUGCAGCUUUAAUAGUCAAACAUGAAGAAUACGCUAUGUUUUUGAAUGAUGAAGAAUUUGAUGAAGCCGAGAACUGGUUAAAUGAAUGUUCAAGUGAGUACACACAGCUUUCUAUUGUCAUCAAUGAUUAUAUCAAAAUAAAGACCAGUCAGACAAAAGUAAAUGAAGAAGUAAGUGCAGCCAGCAUUGAAAUAAAUAAUCAGCCUAGUACUCAACCUCCCAGUGACAAUGUACUCUCAAGUGAAUCUCAGUCGACUGAAACUGGAAAUACGGGUGAAGUAGAUGUCCCCCCUGUAACAAUGCCCUCAAAGUCAUUCUAUGUAAAGCAUGAAAAACCAAAAUUGCCAACCUUUUAUGGAGACGUUAGAAAAUAUUUCAUAUUCAAGUCUGAUUUCCAACACGCCAUUGAACAUCACUGUUCAGAAAGAGAUGCUAUCACUGUUCUUCGGUCAUGUUUGGGCCCUGAACCAGCUAAGCUCAUUGAAGGAAUAACAACUGAUCUCAAAACUGCAUGGAAAUACCUGGACCACAACUAUGGAGAUCCUAGAAUUAUCUCGGAUACAAUUACUGCAGACCUUGAGAAAUUUAAACCCCUACAGUCAGGCGAUGAUCAUCGGUUUUGUGAUUUGGUCAACCUCAUUCGAAAGUCGUCCAAUAUCCUGAAAGAAGUAAAACGGCCUCAAGAUAUGGACAACACCCACAUAAUUUCUUUGAUUGAGCGAAAAAUGACACCUGAUGAUCUGAAAGUCUGGUCUCGCCAUAUUUACGUACAAGAAAAGGAACCUUCACUAGCUAAUUUGUUGGCAUGGAUGGAAGAAGAAAUGACU